GUAGUUCGAAAAGUUCUUCCAAACGCAUAGUAGAGAAAGUCAUACAUGACCGACAUGCGAUGACUUUGGUGCGAUAUUGAUGGAAUGAGCCUGUUGUAGUAAAAAUGAACGCGUUGCGAACAUUUUGGCGGUUUUCAGGGGUAAAGGGUUUGUCCUGCUGCAGUCAGCUACGCUCCAUCAGUUCUUCUGUUCUGUCAAGGACCAGACCUGACCAGAGACCUGCCCUGCAAAGUACACUUAAUACCAAAGCUGAGGGAGCCUGUGUUUUCCAGCAACCACUUUGGCAAUAUCAGCAGGUCCGCACAGGCAAACGUGGGACAGAAUAUCAACCAAAUAACAUCAAACGCAAGAGGACCCAUGGUUGGAUCAAACGAAUCAGCACUCCGAGUGGAAUCGAAGUCAUCCUCCGCCGAAUGCUCAAAGGACGAAAAUCCCUUACACAUUGAGACUCUGUAUCAUACAGUUGCUUUGAAAUAGUGAUUCUCAGUAAAUAUCAGUUGCAAGAUUUGUGUUUAUAUUUAAAAUUGCUGUCAUAUGAGAAAAAUGAUCACAUUGUACAGAUAUGUACUUCAUUAAAUAAAAAUAUUGCAUAUCAUGA